AUGUUAGAUAAAUCAAAGAAACAGGAACUGCUUACGAAAAAUAUGAAUCACAUAAAAACAAUGAAUAAAGGACAAAAGCAAAAAAUACUGGAGAAUGAAAGAAUAAAAUAUGAAGAAAUGGAUCAAUCAAAGAAAGAGGAACUGCUUACUAAAAAUAUGAAUUAUAAGGAAACAAUGAGUAAAGAACAAAAGCAAGGUUGUUAUCCGGAAAAAAUUUUUUCCUGGAAAAUUUUGUUUAGAUAGGGCCCCCUAAAAACAUUUGCCCCGGGCCCCCGCCAACCUCUGGGCGGCCCUGUUCAAGUAAAAUCAUGUCGAAUCGAAUGUCAUUGGAUCCAAAACAAAAAAAUAAUUUACUGAAUAGAGAGAAAGAAAAACGGAUGGAAAGAAAUCUCUAGCUCAUGACAUUGACAUGUACAUUGAAAAAUUUAAAAACAAAUUAAAUCUGGACCAUUUUAAAUAUGCUGCGUGUGUAACCGGACACUAUAUAAGAAUUCAGUAGUAAUCUUACAGAAAAAUAAGUACCCUCGCCAGGAUUGUUUUAUGCUUCAGUAUUCUUUUGAUAACAAAAACUACAUCUGCAAAACAUGCCAUGCUAAAUUACUUAAAAGUCAUCAGCCUUGUCAAGCUGUCGUAAACAAUUUAUUUGUUGAUGAAACCCCUACUGAACUUGCUGCAUUAGAGAAACUUGAACAAAUUCUUAUUGCACAGAGAAUAGUCUUCGAAAAAAUUGUAAUAAUGCCGAAAGGACAACAAAGAAAAAUUAAAGGUGCAAUAUGUAAUGUUGGUGUUGAAUGUAGUCAAACAUGUAAUAUUCUUCCCUGACUACCUGACAGUUCUGGGAUAAUUUUACUUAAAUUGAAAAGGAAACUUCAAUUUAGAGGUCACGUUUAUUUUCAAGCAGUUCGCCCUCAGUUUGUAAUUAAUGCAUUAAACUGGCUUAUAGCAAACAAUCCGUUAUAUAGAAACAUUGAAAUUCAAUGUGACAACAUCAGCCCAGAGUUGACUAAUUUGAACUAUCCUGUUACAAAUCAAGAAAAUGUAGACGAGCAUUUGCAAACUAAUAUAAAUAGAGAACUUCUUAAUGAAGAUACUGAAGAACAAGAUGAUCCAUUAAAUGAACACCGUUCAGCUGCAACUGAAACCUGUCUUCAGUCCAUCUUGCCAGAUUAUGCUGUAAACGUGGACAAUAGAAACUGUGAUAAUUCAACAGGUAGAGAAAUUUUCAACAUUGCACCAGGUGAAGGUAAACACCCAGUAUCAUUGAUGACUGAUAAACUUUGUGAGGAUCGGAACUUUCAUUUCCAGUACUCUUUCCAAAAGGACGAUUUGGGUAUAACGUUGAACGAGACAUAAAAUUAUCUCCAAUAAAAUCUUUCAAUGCUCGCCUCUUGCAUUAUAGUGGGAAAUUUCCAACCAAUCCAGAGUAUCUAUUCUUUGCACAAUUCAUUAUGGAACAGAAAAAGAUCUCUGAUAGUAUAAAUAUAGCUCUUAAAAAAAUACAUGGGCAGUUAGUCACAGCAUCACAAGUAAAAUCAAACAGUCAAGAUUUUCAAAAUCUUCUUUUGCAAGAUGAAGCAUAUCUGUUUUUACAACAAAUUCCUGGCUCACCUCCUUACUGGCAAAAAUUCAUGUAUGAAGUGGUGGCAAUGGUUAAACAACUGGGAAUACCAACAUGGUUUAUGACGCUUUCAUGUGCAGACUUAAGAUGA